AUGGAGGGCCUUAACAAAGGCGACACCGCUUGGAUGGCUACGUCCUGUGCGCUGGUCCUCUUUAUGACACCAGGAUUAGCCUUCUUCUAUGGAGGCUUGGUGCGAGACACCAACAUUGUGAACACGAUGAUGAUGUCAAUAAUUUCCAUGGGGCUCACGACCAUCACUUGGUUGGUGUUCGGCUUCAGCUGGUCCUUCGACGAGUGGGGUGCGGGCAAGGGCUUCACAUAUGUGGGCUUCCGCAACCUGGACAAGGUGUGGCCCGGCACCACCAUGCCCGGCCUGACGUUUGCUGUCUUUCAGAUGACGCGGCUCGGAUUGUCCCAUCGCGACUUUGUAGGCACUUGUCCAAUUCUCGAUGUGAGGUUUGCCAUCAUUGCAGCGGCCAUCAUUUCUGGAGCGGUGGUCGAGCGUAUCCGGUUUUCGGCCUACGCCAUCUUCAUCGUUGCCUGGGUCCUGGCCGUUUACGUGCCGCUGUGCCACUGGAUCUGGGGUGGCGGAUGGAUCGCUGACAUGGGCACCAAGGACUUUGCCGGUGGCACGGUGGUCCACAUCAGCUCCGGCACCUCAGCCUUUGCGCUGGCAUCGCUGCUGGGUGCGCGCAAGCAGCGGGAGGAGAGCUUCCCGGCGAACCUGCCCUUCGUGAUCCUGGGCGGCGGAAUCCUCUGGCUCGGGUGGACCGGCUUCAACGGCGGCUCUGCCUUCGCGGCCAACGGCGACUGUGGCCUGGCUAUCGCCACCACCUACGUCGCAGCAGCGGCAGCGAUGGUGAUGUGGAUCACCGUGGAGCGCCUUCUGGACGGGGCCCCCACCUCGAUCGGCGCCAUGUCCGGUGCGGUAGCGGGAUUGGUGAACAUUACUCCCUGCGCCGGCUUCGUGGAGCCUUUGGGUGCUUUGGGCGUCGGCGCCCUCGGAGCCCUCUGCUGUGUCUUUGCAGCUCGUGGGCUGAAGAAGCUGAACCUGGUGGACGACUCUCUGGAUUGUUUCUCGCUUCAUGGCGUGGGAGGUUUCGCUGGGGCGAUCCUGGGCGGCUUCUUUGACCUCGAGGACGGGCUGAUCUACGGCGGCGACGGGCUGCUGCUUUUAAAGAACCUGGCUGGCGCUGCCUUCGGCGUGGUCUACUCUGCCGCUGUCACGGCUCUGAUCUUCGGCUUGAUGCGCGUGGUCAUGCGCAUGAGGGUCUCGGAAGAGCAAGAGCUUGAAGGCGUCGACAUCAACUGCCACUCCGAGGCCAGCUGCAGAGAAAGCAGAUAUCGGUAA